CCCCCCCCAAAAAAACAAAGAACAUCAUGCGCGCCACGCUGCCUUCGCGCUUUGCUUUGGCCCUGGACGGUGGCGUGGCGCACGCCGUGCCCGGUGGCCGCCCGCUGCGGCGAAGUCUUCAUACCGCGCCCGCACCGGCGGGGCCUGCCGCGUCCGCCACGCUGGGCGGGGUGGCGGUGACGAGCUCGGGGCCCAUUGGCCAAGCCUUGCUGGAGAAGGUCUCGGCCGUCUCCGCCAAGCUGGACUCCAUUCUGGGCGAUGCGUCGAACGGGAGUCGUCCAAAGGCCCGGUCGAUGGCCACGUCCUUGGGGGAGAGGCUCAUGGACUUGACCGAACGCCUCACUCGCUUGGAUGAGCUGCUGGAGGAGUUCCGCCGCCGUGGCGCCUUCCAUCCGCCGCUGCGCCGGCCGCCCUCCAAGGCUUCGGUCGUCUCGGCCACGCCGGCGCCGGCCACGCCGGCGCGGGUGGCGCCGGUGGCACAGGCGGUGCCCGUGGAGGCACAGCUGGCAGAGGCCUCCGUCAAAGCGGUGGCCCGAAGCCUGCUGGACGCAGCGCGCCAGCGGAGUCCUUCAACGGCCGGUGGCCAUCCGCAGCAGUUCACCCCGGUCGCCGCGCCGUUGAUUCGCGCGCCGCCCUCGUCGCGCUCCACCACGCCGGCGGCCACCUCGCGCACACGGUCUCCCGGGAGCUCCAUGGGUACCAUGGGCCUCACCCCCCCACCAGGGCUCUUCAUUCCCAGCGGCUUCACCACGCCACUGACGCCCGGCGGCGCGCUCGGCGCGCCGCUGGGUGCGCCGCUCAGCACGCCGAUGGCGCUGCCGGUGGCGCCUGCGCUGCUGGCGCCCAGCUUCGAGUCCUUGGCGCAGAACGCGAGCCGACAUCUCAGUGGAGGCACUCCGCGCACUUUGGGGGGCCGUUGGUCGCCGCCCGCCCCACCGUCCGCUGCGGCCGCGGCCGCACGGAGCGUGUCGCUGGGGCGCAUGGUGACUGGGCGCAUGGUGACUCCUCCACAAGCGGAUGCGGAAAGUAAGAUCAGGAAGUGGCUGGAAACCAUCCCAAUUGGAAAUGGCUCUGAAAGAGGUUGGGAUGAUGCGCAGAUCAGGGAGAUUGCCACCUUCGCGGAGCAACGACAGCUGGGUCAUUUGGCUCCUGAGGAGCUCUAUCAAAGGUACGUAGAGCAUCAGGUCGCCGAAGCCGAGAAGUCGUGAUGUGAUUGCCCGGUCCGCGAGACGCCCGACUCGCGCCUUCAGCGGCGUUCGGGACCGCUGGGACUCGAAGAAUCAAUGA